AUGGAUGAGCAGGACAGUGAUUUUAAAGAGCUGUGGGCCAGUCUUUUGGGUAGAGCAAAGAAGAAAGCUGAGGAUGCUGAGGCAGCAAAGAGGGCUCAGAACAGGACAAAAAGCACUGCAGCAAGAAGCAAACUAAGAAAAGGCAAAGCUGCUGCUAAGAGCCAAAAGCAUCAUCCCUUACCAGCAGUGAAGGAAACAAACUUGUCUCAAGAUUUGGGUCCAAGGGAGCAAACGCUGGUGCACAGAGAAGAUGGUGAUGCUGAGGCCUGUGGUAGUGGUGAGACUGCCCAGGGGGAUGGAAGGAGGAGCCCUUUCCCUGCCAGCCAGCUGAGUGCAGCAGCCAGUGAGUGUAGCCAGAGGACUCUGACAGUAAGCACCCUGAGUGGCUCCUCCCAGACCACGUUAUCCUUCCCUCCUGCUCCACAGCCGGGCACCUGCUCGUCCCCCAGCCCCACGGGGCCGCCGCUGGCGGGCUCGAAGGUGAGGGUGGCAGAGCUGGUGGUGGAGAGAAUGCAGCAGUUCAAGAGAGUGGCACCCGAGCAGCUCAAGCUCAGCACAGGUGAUGAUUUGCCAAGCUCUGCAGCCAGCAGGGAUUUUCCUGAUGCAAGCCAGGAGCAGAACCCACCAGAGAAGGAUACCCACCACUUUCCAUCCAUGGAGCAUGACGGUGCCCUGGCUUUGGCUCUUCAGGAGGAAACCAAAGAGGAAGCCCUGGAGGAUGCAGGCCUGUUCUUCUGUCAGAUCUGCCAGAAGGAUCUCUCAGCCAUGAACACAACGCGCCGAGAGCAGCACGUGAACAGGUGCCUGGAUGAGCUGGAAGAAGCACAGAUGCCAUGCAGCAAGCCAGCAGUGCCUGAGUGCCCCAUCUGUGGGAGGCAGCUCCAGACCCCCCAGAGCCGGCUCAGCCACCUGAAGCGCUGCGCCGUGGAGAUGGAGGUGCCUCCCAGGCUGCUGCUGCAGGCCGUGCAGCUGCAGGUCUCCACGCUUGCUGAUGCACCUCUCCAGUGCCCCAGCAACCCACCAAGCAGGCCAAAGCGAAAAGGCUCCUCCAGAGAAGACUCAAGGAAAAUGCAGAAGAGGGCCAAAAUGGAGACUAAGGAUGAAGAUUUGCUGGUUGCUAUGGCAAUGUCACGCUCCCUCUUGGAGCAAGAGAAGCAGGAAGAAGCAAAAUCAGUUACAAAUGUGAAACCAGUGGCUGCUUUGCCAAUCAAAUGGAAGCCAGGGUCAGAGAAGAAGCAGCGCAGGAGGGCUCCAGCUGCACCCCCCCCCCUGCUGCUGCAGGACCCCGAGAAGCUCCGCAGGAGGAUCCAGGAGCGAGUGGCUAUGCUGCUUCCAGAAGAGGUGGACUUCCCCCCCACCCCUCAGCUCCCCACGAGCAGGAUUUUGGAGAAUGAAUCUGAGAAAGCAGCCUGGCUCUUGCCCUUGCCCAAAGGCAGGGAGUGCUUUUUGUGGAAGAUCAGUGCUCUGACAGGACCCUGUGACCCUGACUCGUUCUAUGCUGCUGCACUCACCCCUCCCAUCCUACCCUGGAAGCCUCUGCAGAGUAAUAAGCCAGAAAACCUUCAGCCGUCGGUGGGAUCUGAUCAGCCAAAGGUAUCCCAGCAAAUUCACCUUGACCUUAGUCCUCAUGAGCCAAAUCACACAGAGGCUGGAGGCCAAACUUCCAACGAGUCCAAGUCAGGCCCUGAAGGAGAUGAGCAGUUUUUAUCUCACAGCCAGAAGGAUGCUCAGACCCUGCAGGACCUAGUUGAGUUGGCCAAGGAAGGACUUACCCUUACUCAGUGGAACCUUGAUGCUGACCACGUUCAGGCAGCAGAGAGGCCAGGAGAAGAACUGGCUCCCAGAGAUAUUCCACAUAGUGGCUUUGUGCCUCCAUCCAAAGAGAAGAGCUACCUGACAAGCAGCUGUAAAAGAUCCUCUCUCAGGUUGCUGGCUGAAGAUUUCAGUGCCAUGGUCAACAACCCACACUUAAGUGAUGUCCAGUUCCAGGUGGACUCUGGAGAAGUCUUUUAUGCCCACAUGUUUGUGUUGUAUGCACGGUGUCCACAGGCUCUUCAGGUU